CUUUCUUUUUUUUUUAAAAAAAAAACUUCUUUUCAAUUAUUACAUAAUGACUAAUAAUACGAAUAGAUCAUCAUAUAUUGAAUUGAAGUUACUGAGUAUAUUUAGUGUGGCAUGUAUAGGCUCAGGUCAAAUGUUUUUACCUAUUUUUUAUAAACAAGUAUUAGGUCUUGGAAAUGAUAAAAUUGGCUUUAUAUAUUCAAUUAGUAAAAAAAAUAUAUAUUCAUAUAUCAAUUCUUUUAUAAAUGUAUUAUCUUUUAACUUUUUUUUUUGAUGAAAUAAAAAGCGCCAUUUGUAUCAUUUGUUGCUUUCCCUUAUUGGACUACACUCAUCGAUAAGACUCAUGAAUAUAAAAGAAUCAUGAUUAGUAACAUGUUGAUUGCGCUCAUUUGUAUUCUAUCAAUUGGGUUUGUACCUUAUAUUUCAGAAAAAGAUUGGCUUCGUAUUUUACUCAUAUCCAUUUGUUGCUUUGGCUACGCCUUUUUUGGAUACCCAGUCAUUGCUGCUAUCGUAGAUACAGUCAUUCUUAAAGUCUUGGGGGAUAGAAAAGAUGAGUUAUAUGGCAAACAAAAGAUUGGUGUUCCAAUUGGGUUUGCUCUUUCUGUCUUCUUGACAGGUUUUCUGACGGAGUAUUUAAAUUCCUCAUAUGCACUCUUCAUUGUUUUCGGCUUUUCGAAUAUCUGCUUUAUAUUGACUGUUUGGCGAAUGAUUGAUUUGAAGGAUGAACAUGUUGAGACGAUGAAUGUCAAUAAUGACGACGAUAACAAAUGGUUAGCAAAUGAGAAUGAUACAAGUUAUGGUGUGAUAACUCCCAGUAGUUCAUCCUCUGCUGUCUUUAUAGAAGAUGAUACCGAGACAGAUGAAACGAUAGCCUUUAUAAAAAAGAAUGAAGAAACUACAGUAUCUAUGUGGCAUUUAUUAAAAGACCCAGAGUCAUGUCAAUUCUUUUUUUCAAUGAUGUUAAUAGGCUAUGGUAUUGCUGUUGUGCAAGCAUUCCUAUAUUUGUUUAUUAAGAAUGAUUUACAUGGCACACCAACAAUGAUAGGCUUAUUGGGGCCACUGGGAAGUAGUACGGAAGUGAUUUGUUUCUUUUUCUCAAAAGAGAUAAUUCAUAGAUUAGGCUCAAGUAAGAUGUUGAUUAUUGCUCAAUUCCUUUUAAUUUAUCGCUGCAUCACAUACAUUAUUUGUAUUGAUUCAUCAUCUUAUGGUUCUUAUUGGGCAACUGCAACUCAAUUAUUACACGGUAUUGGAUUUUCCAUGACUUGGAGUGCAGGCGCUUUAAAAGCAGAUGAAAUUGCCCCUAUUCACUUAAAGAGUAGUGCUCAAGGUUUAUUAAAUAUGGCCUUUAAUGGCUUAGGAAGUGGUUUAGGUGCUCUUAUUGCUGGCUUCAUUUAUGAAAGGUGGGGUGCUAAGAUAAUGUGGUUUUUUACAGGAUGCAUAGGCGCCUUAAGUAUAUUCAUCUAUACCUCUCUUUUCGUUCGUCGAGUCCUAUUUUUACCUAUUUCAAACUUGAUUAAAACAUAUAAAUAAUAAUAAAUUAGAUACUAGAUAGUCUACCUUUUAUCCUUCAUUGAGUAAAUUAGAUUAUACAUGCCAAAUAGCUGUCACACACUUAGUUUCUGCAUUAUAUAUAUUAUCUAUAAAUAAAUACAUGUACGUAAAAAAAAAAAGAUACUAUAUCUUUAUGCUUUUUAAGGAAUAAUAUAUUGUAGAUAUAAAUAAGCAUAUAUUUAUAAAAAAGGAUAAUAGCGUUUUAAAAUCAUUUUUUCU